CGCGUAACCGACAAAGUGCGCGAGAACGACGAAGUGACAGCAGUGGCUGGAAGAGUCUGCGUCGAAGUAGCUGCAUCGCUUAUACAACAGACGGCAAAGGAUUGCUAAAUUUGUAUUUGCUUUUCUUUGAAAACAGAAAAAGGAGAACAGACCGCUUAAGAAGAAUCCUGAAAAGCAGCAUCUCGGAGAAUGUCAUCGCAGGACAAAGGUUUUGUUGUGCCAGGAGAAAAUAAUGUCCUCCAGAACUCUGUCUAUAGUCACCCAAAUCCCGGAAUAGGAAUGCCACCCCCAAGUUAUGGGCCUCCAACCUAUGGUGCUCCUGCACCCACAUAUCCUCUUGAUGCUUUUGGGCAGCCCAUUUUUCCACAGGGUGCUCCUGGCUAUGGACAGCCAAUGUUCCCUGGACAGCCCACAUUCCCUGGACAGCCCACAUUCCCUGGACAGCCCACAUUCCCUAGCCAGCAACCGCCGUUUCCUCAAAUGCCUUUCCCUCAAAUGCCUGGCCCUUACCAGCAAGGUCCUCCACAACCAGGAUUUCAGCCUCAAGGUGUUCCACACACAGAUGAUCCAUCCGUUCCCUUAAACAGCCCUGGAUACCAUGGAGACAUGCCACCUUCUUACUACGACAAUGAAGGAUUUUCUUCUUCUUCAUUGGAUGACAAAUUAAUUCGACAGGCAUUUAUUCGCAAGGUUUUUAUGGUGUUGACCGUACAACUGACAGUGACCUUCUCAUUUGUAGCUGUGUUCACAUUUGUGGAAGACGCAAAACUCUUUGUUAGAAUGCAUCCUUGGACUUACUAUGUUUCAUAUGCUGUCUUUUUUGUUGUUCUUAUUGUACUGAGCUGUUGUGGAGAAUUCCGGCGGCAACACCCAUGGAACUUAAUUGCACUGUCAAUUCUUACACUCAGCAUGUCUUAUAUGGUGGGGAUGAUUGCCAGUUUCUAUGAUACAGAUUCUGUGAUAAUGGCUGUGGGCAUCACUGUUGUUGUUUGCUUCACAGUAGUCCUCUUCUCUUUACAGACAAAAUAUGACUUUACCUCUUGUCGAGGUGUUCUCUUCGUCUGUCUGAUUGUCCUGCUUGUUUUUGGCAUUCUUGCCAUUUUCAUUCAGAACAAAAUCUUGCAAAUUGUGUAUGCAUCUCUAGGUGCCCUUCUGUUCACCUGUUUCUUGGCUGUGGACACCCAGCUGCUUCUUGGAAAUAAACAACUGGCUUUAAGUCCUGAGGAGUACAUCUUUGCAGCCCUCAAUUUAUAUACUGAUAUAAUCAACAUUUUUCUUUACAUCCUAGCUAUAAUUGGCCGGUCCAGGGAGUGAAUGCCUAAGAAGCUAUGGACAGUAUGCAUUGACGUUCAGUGGAGGCAGGAGAAAAAUCCUUCAUAUCUUCCUCCGAUUAAUACAUAUGAGCUUAUGCUGUAUGCACAGAGCAGUCUUGUUUUUGUGUUGGUUACUAAUAUUGCUGUGAAAUACUUUACAGUGAAUUGAAAUCCCUUUAAACAGGGUUAUGUUUUUUUUUUUGUUUUUUUUUUAAUUUAACUAAGUUUAUUCUAAAGUGUUGGUUUUAUUUAUUUUACAUUUUUGACAUUGCUAUAAAUCAAGGCAAUGUUUUUUGUUUAAUUACCACUAGCUUGAUAACCUCACGAAUCAUUACAUCUGGUAUUGACUUGUAACCAAGACACAUACACAGACGUUUGUAUAUUGAGCCUAGGACAUUCAGGAUGUAUUCAUUGCCUUGAAAAUGUGUCUGUUAAGUAACUGAUUUUCAUUUUAACUGAAAGUAUUAAGUAUAAUUUCUGAUCUUCAGUGCUUCUGAAAAACGUAAUUUCAUAGAUCCUCUUAGUAACCAGUUUUAUUACGAAUAAAUGAUUGUAGUUUUGCUUUCACUCCUUUUUUCUUUACUCUUAAGAUUUAUGCUCUGCAUGGUAACUUGGUUAAGGAAUAAUAUUAAUCUGAAUCAUAACAUUUGAUAUUGCUAAUUUCCAGUGGAAAUUGGCUGAUUAAACUGCUAUGCCAGUGCACUGGAUGAACAUUUUGAUUCUUUGCAGAAUCCAGGCAUUAAUUAAUAUUUUUUCUUGGUAUGCUGCACUCUUGGUAGCUUGUAUAUACAGAUGCAAUUGUAAUUCAGAUAUCCUGAACUUGUGAUAAAUAAAGCUGGGACCUCAUGCUCAUUCUGAUGCAUUUAUGAGUCUUGCACAGCUCUUGAAGAUAAAUUAAAUUCUUCCUAUUAUACUGAUAAACAUGCAAGCAAGGAAAAAGUAUGUAUAUUAUAGAAAUAUUAUUUAUAUAGCUAAGAACAAACACUUAAAAGUAGCUGAGUGAAAACCUUGCAUAGAUGUAUUAUAUUUUGGUGGUGGUGGUUUUUGUUUUAUUUUUUUUUUAUUUUUAAAAUCACACUAAGCUUUUGAUGUCAUGUAUUGUGAAAAGUGUAAAUCAAAGAGUUUGUAGAUGUAUAUAAUUCAUUCCAUUUAAUAUUUUAUAAUCAUAGGGCAACUUUCAUGAAUCACAGAGUUCCCAUCUUGCUUUUUGCAGAGCAUUUUAGAAUUUUCACUAAAUGGUUUGUUAUAUCAAAUAUAAUACUGUAUGAGGGUAAAUUUUCAGAUGGAUUUAGAAACAUAGUCUGAUUUUGUUACAGAAUAGUUGAAGUAGUUUUCAUGUACUGUUUUGGUAAAGAUACUCAAGAAAAAGGAAAAUGCAUACUUUUUCAUGAAUAUAUUUGCAUUUCAUAAGUUAACAGAGAAAUGAACUGUGCAUAUUUUUCCAGGUUAAGUAAUGGUUAAUUUAUAGUCUUUUAUUAGUAUACCAUUACUGUUGUAGAUUUAAUUCAAGUAUAAACAGGAGAUUUUACAGAUGUGCAGCUCACAGCUUAAUGACUAAACACAUGAAUUAAUGGAUCACAAUGAUUUUUCUGUAGACUCGUGAUAAUUCUAAUUGCAUCAGAUACCUGUUAACCUGUGUAUCAUUAUCUUGCUCUACUCUAACUGAAUUGUGUGCAGUGUAUGCUGAAUAAAUGCUCAAUAUAUUCUGAGCAAUUCAGUAUUGCCUCCUGGAUUUUUACAUAAUUAUUUUAGGAAUUUUAUUUCCUGCAUGUGUCUUUGUUCAUGUGCAUUGUGUAUUUUAUAGCUUUUGAACAAUAAUUUAUAAUUGUUUGAAAAUGCAUAUACCUUUAAUUUUGAAUUUUUGACUUCUGAAUAGAUUUCUGUGUUCCAUGUACCUAUGUAUAAAAGGCAGAAUUUGUUUUUAAAGCAGGUUUAAAAGAAAUGUGUAAAAACACUAAGUGAAGGUUUUCUUGCUUACUUUAUAUUUUAUAAUGUAUGUAAAGUUGUCCACUUCUGAGAUACAUAUGCAAUAAAGUUUCCAACUUGGCAGUUC